AGGUUCCUAUAUCAUUUUUUUCCAAACUGAAUAGUUUGCGCGAGAGACACUUCCAAAGUGGUAAAAUGUGUGUCCAAAGUGGUAAAAUGUUGAACAAGUUCUAGCAAGUAGAUUUUUUUUAAUACGUCUUAAAUGGUACGGAACCCUUCAUGCGCGAGUCUGACUCGCACUUGGCCGCUUUUUUUUUCUUUCGGAGCGAUUAUCUCCGAAUAUAUUCACUUUAUCAAAAAAUGUUUGUUGAAGACCCUUAUUAGUUUUGAAAGACCUUUCCAACGAUAUACCAGACUGUAGGGUUGAAGCAAAAAAAAAAAAAAAUUCACCCUCACUUUACGUGUAGGGGAAAACCCUAAAAAAAAAAAAAUUUUUAGAUUUUAUUGUACGACUUUGUCGGCUUUAUUAAUUUAUAUAUCCAUGCCGAAUUUCAGCUUUCUAGCACUAACGACCACGGAGCAAAGCCUCGGACAGACAGACAGACAGACAGACGGACAUGGCGAAACUAUAAGGGUUCCUUCUUGACUACGGAACCCUAAAAAGGGAGGUCCUUUUCUGUUUAGUUUUAAAAUAACGACAUCUGUUCGCCACGGGCACAUUACCCUUGGCAGGAUUGUGGGCGCGUUUGCCACUCCCGUAUUACCUUUACCCGACACUGUUUCUAUAGUCUGCGAUGACUGUAAUAUAUUUUCAGUUCAGGCCAAUGAUGACAUUCGGAGAGGUAGGUAAUAACUUACCUACUUUACUACUUUUAGCUACUUUACUUACUUACCUAUGGGACUCCAUCCAUACUAUCAUGAACUGGCGGUCGUAGAAAUCGUAAUAAACGUAUCGUAUAAUUCGUAUAUAAUAUAAGAGGUACCUACAAAAAUCGUCAUUAUCGGCAGUGUUGUUUAAAAUAUCUUUAUUAAAAUCACUCAUAGCAAUUAUAAUAUUCAUAAUAUUGAAAUCCUUGCUCAGUCCUUAAACAACACUUUUAUUGUGGUUUAAUUUCGACUCCACCACAUCAAGCCACAUGUUCCAAAACUGUAAAAUAGUGACAGUAGUAAUAGUUAUGUACUUUAAAAUGGAUUUACACUUCAUAUACUUUAAGUUACUCAGUCAUUUUACCUAAUCUAAUAUUAUAUUGUAUUAUGGUUACCUAUACAUACAAAUACUUAUUCUAUUAUUGUCGUGCUUGGUUUGGUUAUCGGCGUCUUACGAACAAAGAAUAUAAUACUCACUACUUACGAUCCAAUACUAGAUUUACCAUUUAUGAACGUUCCUCAAUAUUUAAACGUCAAUGUCACACAGCUGUCACGAAAAUGUGCUAGGUGCUAAAUAAAAACAAUAACAAAGCCUUUUAAUAAAGUUGUGUAACAAUUUAAUCGCGUCUAUUUAUGUUUCGUUUUAUAUCUCGUACACUUUAUUAUGUCUUGUGUAUAAGUGGAAUAAACUGACGGAGAUUCUACGCGUUACUAUUAACCGGUACCAAAAUGACAACGCCCGAGCUUUGCGUCAGCAGGUUCUUCCAAGAACACUCAACAUUACCAGCGAAAAGUCCCAAUAGAACACUAUCUAUAAAUCUAGAUUCUUCUCAAGAAUCCCAAGAUUCCAGCCAGUGCUCGCUCGACGACGCGGACCUACUCAGUCUCUCCCAGCUUACUAUACAAGAACAGGAACCAAUCAAAAUAGGUCCUUUCUAUAACAUAACACCAAGGGAAAUGCCACUAUCUCCGCAUUACGUCUUAGAAGAAGAGUUUUCUACAAACCCCUGGGCGAUGUUAAUAGCAACCAUCUUCCUAACGAAGACAUCAGGCAAAACCGCUAGGCCCCACAUGCAAAAAUUCUUCGAAGAAUUUCCCACCCCGUAUCACGUUUUAAACGACUCUCCUACGUCAUUAGAACGUUUUUUUGAUACGUUAGGACUAAGGAAACGAGGUCAUAUGAUUUGGAAGUUGACUUAUCAGUUCGUUUCAUCGAAAUGGCGGCGGGCUAGCGAUCUCCACGGCGUAGGGAAGUACGGGGAAGAUGCGUAUAGGAUAUUUUGUUUGGGGCACACAGAUUUGGACCCUGGGGAUAGGUAUUUGAAGCUUUAUUUGGAUUGGCUGCGCAGAACGGAAUUUUUGAAGGAUAACGGAGUUGCCGACUGUGAGUGCGUUAUCGAGGACCCGGCGUUGAAAUAUUAUAGCAUUACCUUAAGGAAUGUUGUCUAAAAUUAAAACUGUAAAUUAUGAGAAAAUGUUCCUGUAACCUAUACCUACUUGUAAUUUGCUUCAAUAAGCCACUUACUAGUCUUGAUUAUAUAACAACCAUAAACUUGGAGAGGUUGUGUUGAUUUAUAACAGAGUUUUUAUUCUUCAUUUUGUGUAAGUAGUUGUUGUAGACUGCUAAAAAAAGGUACCGAAAAUAUUUUUUACAGCCGUUAUAGGAGUUAGUUUGUCAGACAAACUUACGAUUAGGUAUAAUGAUACAGAUUUUAUAUAAUUUUUUACCACACCUUUUACUUUUAGUUUUACUUAUUUAAAAUAAAUGUUGACAACUUUAUAUGCCUAGUAUAUAGAUAAGUUGUUAUACCUGAUAGGAAUUAGGAACCUUGAUUGGUCGGUUUCAAAGGUAAUUUGAAAUAGAGGUGUAUUGUCAAAGAAAACUUUGUAGCCACAGUAAAUUUACCGCCAUCUUUCGACACAUGAUUAAAACUUUUAAGAGUGCCAUUUGACUUUGAUCCUUAUUCUUUCGCUGAUAUGUGUUAAUUAGUUAAAUAUCAAAAGGGGCGACUGCAUCUCCAUAUAAACCUAGUCCCCAUUUUCCUUCCUAGAUAUUGACAUAAUGCAAAAUAUAAUAUUACACAAUUUAUUGUAAUAUUAAUCACGGCUAUGCCCAUUCGUUUCACUGUUUCCAAUUUUUUGACUAUUAAAAGAGGAGCGUAAAGCAAAUUCCAUUGAAAAUGUUGAAACCUUUUAAAUCCAUAGAGGAUCAACUAGAUGGGCUAUACGCGUGCGCCCGUGAGGGAUAAAACAUACGCAAUGCGUCAAAUUAAAAACACGUUUUAACAUUCCUGACAACAUACCAAAAACAACCUACGUAAUUUGGCGGGUUAUUUGUUGCCCACCAUAAGCCAUACUAAAAUUAAACGGUGGGGAAUAAAAAAACGUGACAUGGACAAACAAUCAGCGCUAUCUCUGCUACUCCGACUGAACGUUCCAUAAGAGCAUCUCGUUCGGUCAUCUGCCGGCUCUACCGUUUCAUCUCUAUACUUAUUGUACCUCUAUGUUUAAAUUUCAUGAUAAUAAAAAAAGACGACAAAAAUAUUGCGAGUUUGUUCAUAUUGAUAUUUUUAGAAGUGACUGUACACACUAAGCACCUAUCGAAUUUGUCAUAGGAAAUAGUUAUUUCCACCACACCAACUGGUAAAGGCCCUCUUGAUUGUUAAAAAACGGGUCAAGUGCGAGUUCGUUUACCUAGCGCACCGAGGGUUCCGUACAAACUUUCAAUUUUCUCAUGAAAGACUUGAGCAGAAGUAUACUAUAAGUAUAAUCGUGUACAGCGCCAUCUAUGGGCGAGUUGCUUAACUAAUUUGUGCGAUCUGUAUGUAUGCUGGUUUUUCAGGGAUAAUUCUUUAUCAUGUGAACCGAUUUCAAUCAUUUUUAUUUUAUUUGAAAGCUGGUACCUUAAGUGUAAUCUCGUAGGAAUUUUAACUAUAAUAAACACCCGCAAACGGGAUUAAAUUGCAAAUUAAAUUACAAAAUGUUUUUUGUUAAUUAAAAAAAAAGUUAUCAAGAUA